GUUCCGCUGUCUUGUAACUGGAUGAAUCCAGUAGUGUGAGGCAGUGGACUGUGUAUUCUUGGGAUUUACAAAGCGGCGUCUUGGCACAAAGCCAUUUUUUUUCCCGGAAAGAAGCGUGCAGUUGAUUCGAGUAUUGUAAUUUAGGUCCUUCCACAAGUAUAAAAGAGAUUUUCAGUUCCACAGCAGCUUGUGUCAAAUGGAAAGUGCUCAAAGUUGCUGCUGCACCCAGGAUGCUGAAUGGUUGAGAAUUAUUUAGCUCACUCAUUGAGAAGAUGCAAGCAAAGGAAAUCUUGAGGAAUCUGCAGCUACUGGAAUUAGAUGAAUUCAGCCAGUUUUUCCGCACAAUUCCCCCACCAACACUGAUGGGCAUUGCUUCGUUUGCAGCUAUUAUAGCGUACUGGCUAACUACCAGACCCAAACCCCUGAAGCCACCCUGUGACCUUUCAAUGCAGUCAGUGGAAAUUGAGGGUACUGACCAAGCUCGUGGCUCUGUAUUAGGCGACAGCAUCCAACUUAUGACGCACUACCAUGACGAUGCAAGGACAAUGUAUGAAGUAUACCAACGAGGAUUACACAUAGCAGGGGAUGGCCCUUGCUUAGGAUUCAGAAAACCCAAACACCCCUAUCAGUGGCUUUCGUAUAAAGAGGUUGCAACCCGAGCUGAGAACUUGGGAUCUGGACUGCUCCAAAAAAACUGCAGGUCAUCUCCAGACCAAUUCAUUGGUGUUUUUGCACAGAACAGACCAGAGUGGAUUAUUGCUGAACUGGCAUGCUAUACCUACUCCAUGGUGAUAGUGCCACUUUAUGACACACUUGGACCUGAAGCCAUUCGCUACAUAAUUAACACAGCUGAAAUUUCCACAGUUAUCUGUGAUAAGGUAGAAAAAGCAAAAGUUCUUUUGAUGAAUGUGGAGAAGAACGAGACUCCAGACUUGCAGAUAGUCAUCCUUAUGGAUCCAUUUGACGUGGACUUGGUUCAGAUGGGAAAUAACUGUGGAGUGCAAAUACUGGCACUCCAGGAAGUGGAGAACCUUGGACAAAUGAACAGGCGAACUCCGGUGCCUCCACGCCCUGAGGACCUAUCAAUUGUCUGUUUCACAAGUGGAACAACAGGGAAUCCUAAGGGAGCCAUGCUCACACAUGGAAAUGUGGUUGCUGAUUUUUCAGGUUUUUUGAAAGUUACAGAGAGCCAAUGGUUGCCUACAUCUGCUGAUGUACAUAUUUCCUACUUACCAUUAGCACAUAUGUUUGAAAGAAUGGUGCAGUCUGUUGUAAUAUGUCAUGGAGGUCGGAUAGGUUUCUUCCAAGGUGAUAUUAGACUUCUGUCUGAUGAUAUGAAGGCCCUUCAUCCAACUAUAUUUCCCGUUGUUCCAAGACUGCUAAAUCGAAUGUACGAUAAGAUAUUUAGCCAAGCAGGCACACCAGUAAGACGCUGGCUACUUGAAUUUGCAGCCAGAAGAAAGGCAAUUGAAGUGCAAAAUGGCAUCAUACGGAACAACAGCCUCUGGGACAAACUCUUUUUCAAAAAAAUACAGGAUAGCCUUGGAGGAAAGGUGAGAAUGAUUGUCACAGGAGCGGCCCCUGCCUCACCUGCUGUACUUGGCUUCCUAAGAGCAGCACUUGGUUGUCAGGUCUAUGAAGGUUAUGGACAGACUGAAUGUACAGCUGGAUGUACCUUUACUACACCUGGAGACUGGACAUCAGGGCAUGUUGGGGCUCCACUACCUUGUAAUUAUCUCAAACUUAUUAAUGUAGAUGAAAUGAAGUAUUUUUCUGCUAAAGGAGAAGGAGAGAUCUGUGUGAAAGGACCAAAUGUAUUUAAAGGCUACCUCAAAGACACUGAGAAAACAGAUGAAGCACUAGACAAAGACAGUUGGUUGCAUACUGGGGACAUUGGUAAAUGGUUACCUAACGGCACUUUAAAAAUCAUAGAUCGAAAGAAACAUAUAUUCAAACUUGCUCAGGGAGAGUACAUUGCACCAGAAAAAAUUGAGAACAUCUAUGUACGGAGUGAGCCUGUAGCCCAAGUGUAUGUCCAUGGAGACAGUUUGCAGUCCUUCUUGGUCGGUAUUGUUGUACCAGAUCCUGAAGCCACAGAAGCCUGGGCAAGGAAAAAGGGAUUUGAACAUUCAUUCGCAGAACUAACUAAAUCAGAGGCUUUUAAAAAAGCCAUUAUGGAAGACAUGGUGAAACUAGGACAACAAGCUGGCCUUUAUUCAUUUGAACAGGUAAAAGCCAUCUAUCUCCACUAUGAAAUGUUCUCUGUCCAAAAUGGCCUGUUGACUCCAACACUUAAAGCUAAGAGAUCAGAAAUGAGAAAUUACUUCCGGAAACAAAUUGAAGAACUUUACGCUAAUACUUCUAGAUGAACAUAUUUGCAAGAUGUUUCAUAAAGAACACUCCUGUUCAUGUACUGGUUAUGUUAUUUGAAGUAAUCAUGACAUAUAAAUAUAAAUAUGUUUCUUGACUAUAUUCAGAAACCUACUAAUUUUCUUCAGUCAAUUGGAAGAUGCCUUGCUUGACUUUAAGAACUCUAUGUAUAAUAAAGGUUUGCCCUUUUUUUUAAAGCUGCAGUAUGCUAGAGAUGAUUUUAUAUGUUCUUCGGUAUUAUUUGCUUUGUUUAUAUAAGGAUGACUAAUAGCUUAAAAUUGAAAUGUACAUAUUUUGUAAUACUGAAAAACAAAAUAGUUAGGUUAAGGGUUAAACACUUCUAAAUGUCAUCCUUUAAUAUUUUGUAGAUAUAAAUAUGUAUAUAAAUCUGUCAGUAUGUUAUCAGAACAAUUCAUCUCCUUAACCUGGAAACAUACAUUGACUUAUAAAGCAGAUUUUUGUAAAUUUAUUUUUCCUGAUGACAAGCAUUAACCUUUUCAGGUCUGCAUUAGCAUUUUUGCACGAAAACCAAAAGUAUCUUAAUUGCUGAAAAUGACAGAAUAAAUUUUGUGAAUAUCAUACAUUUGAGAACUAAGCAAUAGAAGUCUUCAGAAACCUUGUAGGUAAUUAAAUGUUUAUAAAGAUUCGAAUGCAGCAAAAGUAAAAUACACAUAAUUUGGCUUGAGGGUUUAUGGUUGGAAUUUAGUUUAAUAUUGUCGCCAGGAAUUUCAUUCUAUCUACUUCGCCUCCCUGUCAUGAUCAGUGCUAUUUUGUAGGGAAAAUGGGUCCGUUUUCUGUGGUCCAUAGUAUCAGGAGGUAUAAAAUGGAAGCAAGAGCUGGGCUUAUAAUUUAUGUACUAUCAGGAUCUCAACUUUCGCAUCAAUAUAUUUGAAGAUGACUGGGAAAAUUAUGGAUAAAUGAAUACUAAAUAAGCACAUGGAUGAGAUGCUUAAAAAAAGCUUGCAUUGAUCUUUCGUGCCUCAGACUGUCUCAAAGUGCUGUAUAGCCAGGCAACUACUCUGGCAGUAUUGUCAUUGUUUCGUCACUGGAGAUGCUCAGCAGCUAAUUUGGAUAAAUAGCUAAUUCAUUUGAUUAGGAGCACUGAUUUGAGAGAAAUGUUGGCCAGGACACUGAAGAAAAUUAAUCUUUUUUGGAAAUUGCCUUGGGAGCCUUUGUAACACCCUUAUUUGUCGGAAGAGAGAGUGUCAGCCUUGAUUGUCACUUCAAAUCCUGGAGUGACAAUCUUGUAACUGAGGCGAGUGCUGUCACUGAUUUAAGGCUUACAUCAUAUGCUGCAAUAUGUUUGUUGUGAGACUUGUUUGUUUAAAAAACAAAACUGUGAUACUUAAGACUAUUCUAAAUCACUAGUCAUCUUGCACAUUUUUAGGGUUGAAAUGUAAUAAUCUCAUUUUAAUUUGAAGAAUAUAUAUAAAUAAAUAUAAGAUUAAGCUAAAAUAAUUAGUCAUUUGUGGAUUAUCUCUGUCAAAACAUGAAGGCGUGAAUAGAUUGAAUAGCCACAGUCUUUUUUCCUAAACCUAGAGGGCAUAGGUUUAAGGUGAGAGGAAAAAUUUAAAAGGACUUGAGGAGUUGUGCUUGUAUGGAACAAGUUGCCAGAGGAAGUCAUUGAGGCAGGUACAAUUAUAACAUUUAAAAGGGAUCUGGAUGGGUAUAUGAGUAGGAAGGUUUUUAGAUGGAUUUGGGUCAAAUGCUGACAAACAAAAUUAGAUUGGGAUGUCCGGUCAGCACAGACAAGUUGGACCGAAGGAUCUGAUUUCUUGCUGUAUGACUCUGAUUCUAAAACAACAAAAUUUGUGGAUUUCUGGGUAGAAAUGAGAUUGACAUUUACUUAGGGAAAGAGGUCAUCAAAGAUCUUCUUGAACAAAAACAUUUCUAAACUGUUGAAAACAUGAAGGGUCUUGUAAGACAGCUGAUCAAGGUUUAGAUAGUUAUAUUAGAAGUCCAUUGUAUUUACCUUUGAAGUCCAACCAAACAUUUGGAAGGUUUUUGAUAUCAACUUUUACCCUCUAAUUUGCUUUCUUCUCUGAUAUAUCAAUAUAAAUGUGAGUGGAUUGAUGAGUCACCUGUUUCCAGAAACCUGUUUACAUUUCAACCACAUUUUUUCCCUUGCAACAAAUCACAACACAGAGGAAAAUGUGGAAGCGGUAAAACUGUUCUUGUAUUUACUUAAUCAACAAAAAUAUACAAAAUUAGUAUCCGUGCCAUUGCAUUGCAUUACUGCUAACAUGGCUAAGGAGCAUUUCAUACCUGUGCAGUUUUGAACAUUAUGCCAUGGCAUUGUCCAGUUACCAUAACCCUUUGAUCGAAUGUCUGGAUACUCUUCUGUUUUCUUCUCUGUCUCAAUCACAGACUGUUUCUUAACAUUUUAUUUAUUUUACCUCUAGAAUUUGUAUGUAAAUCCAUUUAUUGUAAGCAUACAAACACUUGAAAUAACCCUCUCUCUUACCUGACAAUCCGUACUACAAACUAACGUAAUGCAAGUCAAUGAGUUUCUGUACAUUGGUCACACGCUUAAAAAUAUAUAUUUGCAUUGUUGAUCCUAAGAUGUAAUUAACUGUGUUCACAAAAUAUGUACAGCCAUACUUACAACUGUGCCCACACCAUGCAAAAUUUCAAUUUCAAGAUGAGCUCAGUUCAUUAUGGAACUACUUCUGACUUUGACUAUUUUAAUUAGUAAUUAUCAGUUUCGCGAACAGACAUCUGCAAAUGUCAACUGGAUCAAUUUCUUCAUAUGUGAAUGUAUGUCUAUGCCAACAAGAAGGGUUAAAUAUGUGAGGCUGGAUGAUACACUGAAAGUGAGCUACUGGCACCCCAGCAAUGAAUGUUGGUCGUGAGCCCACUUCGACUUAUCUGACUUGCCCCACUUUAAUUAUUCUGACAAUACCCAUUUAAUUAGGAUGAAGCAGUACUCAGUCCAUCUCCAGUUCAAAGUCCUACUUAUAGAGCUGGCACCCAAGUGAAGACCAGCUGAGCACACAGGCACUGCCAGUGCAGCCAAUACUGCAGGUAAGCCAUAGAAGUGGCAUUCAGUGAUAGAUCCAGAUGUGCAGGCACGUCUGAGAUUUUAUGGGGCUAAGCAGAGAAGGGAUGGAGGACCGUAAAUGUUGCUCAGUGCUUUCGGUUAGAGUGAAAAUCUGUCAGGCCGGGUCUGCUGUUGGCAGAUUGAGUAAGCUAGUAGCGCUUCUUUUAAUUAGCCAACGGCCUCUUAAAUAAGGACGGUGAUGAAACUCAUAAUUGGACAUUAAUUGCCUCCAUACGUAUUUCAAUUGAGUUAUCGCGGGUAGGUGAUCAACAUUCGAUGUCUUCCCCAUUGCUCUUAAAAUUGCAGUGGCAACAGGCAGAUCUUUGGUGUGUUUGGUAUGGUAACAGUAGCGUGAGUACUAAUUUAAGUGUAUAUCCACCUGCUUUCCCACCCAUAAGUCAGCCCAUAAUUAUGCAAUGUUCUAGAUCUCUACUCAUUGUUGUUUCAGACAAAUUGGGAUAGACCUUGGACUUCAAUAAAGUCACAAUUAACUGUUAUAUUCAAUUUUUUUUGGACUGUUAUGUCACAGAGACGAAAGAGGAGAUGCUGUCAACUAUAGAUGGUGUUCAGUAAGCAUGCAAAAUUGAUGACUGUGUUACGUCUGUGCAAAUUUGACAACAGCUGCCAUAUUUACAGCACAUUUGUUGAGUUACGUGGGAAAGUCAUAGCCUGAAUUUAUUGUUUUAAGUAUGAGGAUGAAUUAAAAUUUGAAGCUUCAGUACUUUUGUAAACCAAGGGAUAUAUUUACUAGUUUAGCAAGAUCACUUAGAUUCAAUUACAGAAAAAAGAUAUUCAGUUUGCCAACACUGAUUUACCCCUUGAUGACUAUACAAUUUACCAAAAGCAAAGUGCUGUUGAAACAAUGCCCUGGGGUAGAUUUAGGCAGUACAGUCGACUAAGUAUAAUCUAUUUUCAACUUAUGACCAGAGUUUCACUGGGGUUGGAUCAAAGUGAUGAUUGAUUUGGUCUAAUGUUCCUAUAUAAAGAUCCUAUAUAAAAUCAAUUUGGAGCACAAACAUUUUAUUUUUAUUAUUCUUAGUGACAAUAAUGAACAAUACGAUUGUCUUUUUUUAAACUUAUAAAUAUCUGUUUCAAUGGUGAAGAAAAGAUUUAAUUUGAAGAAGAGAAUUUAUGGUAUGCGUAAACUCUUAGAAUAAUCCAGUAGAAUAUAUUCUGAAUUUUGCAGUCGUUCGAGAUAUCAAUUUAAACCCAAACUGAGCCGAAUUCAAAACACUGAAGCUCGAGAAUCUACACUGCAUCCCAAAUAUAGAUUCAGUAUUUAAAAGUAUUUGCAUGAACAUCAUUAUAUUUUUCAAGAGAACUGUUUUUGUUUAUGACUAUUUUAUAGAUCUUUUUGAUCUUGCAAUGUGGUGACAAAACUUUGAGAUGUA